UCCCUCGGGGUCCGUAACGGCCCUCGCGCACCUCUCACAGCUGGAGCGCUUUGCUCGCGGCACUGUCUAUAAAGUUGUUGUUGCUGCUUCCGCCACCGGUGGAGGAAGAUGGCGUCGGGAGGUGGUGGCUGUAGCGCUUCGGAGCGACUCCCUCCGCCCUUCCCUGGCAUGGAUCCGGAGUCCGAAGGGGCUGCCGGGGGGUCAGAACCCGAGGCUGGGGACAGCGACACCGAGGGGGAGGAUAUUUUCACUGGCGCUGCAGCAGCUAGUCAGCCCCAGUCUCCAAAGAAAACCACAUCCCUUUUUCCUAUCAAAAAUGGUUCCAAAGAAAAUGGGAUCCAUGAGGAACAAGACCAAGAGCCACAGGAUCUCUUUGCAGAUGCCACAGUGGAGCUCUCUCUGGAUAGUACACAGAAUAACCAGAAAAUGAUGCCAGCCAAAACCCUUAGUUCUCAUUCUCUGCAAGGAGCCACAAAUUCUCCGAAACCGCAGCCAAGCUAUGAGGAGCUAGAGGAAGAAGAACAGGAGGACCAGUUUGAUCUGACAGUCGGUAUUACUGAUCCUGAGAAGAUCGGGGACGGUAUGAAUGCCUAUGUAGCCUACAAAGUUACUACACAGACGAGCUUACCAAUGUUCAGAAGUAAGCAAUUUGCAGUAAAAAGAAGAUUCAGUGACUUUCUGGGUCUCUAUGAGAAGCUUUCAGAGAAACACUCUCAGAAUGGGUUCAUCGUCCCACCUCCACCUGAGAAGAGCCUCAUAGGAAUGACAAAAGUGAAAGUUGGGAAGGAAGAUUCUUCCUCUGCAGAAUUUCUUGAAAAAAGGAGGGCUGCUUUGGAAAGGUACCUUCAAAGAAUUGUGAAUCAUCCUACCAUGUUACAAGACCCAGACGUCAGGGAGUUUUUGGAAAAGGAAGAGCUGCCACGUGCCGUGGGCACACAGGCUUUGAGUGGUGCUGGUCUCCUUAAGAUGUUCAACAAAGCUACAGACGCAGUCAGCAAGAUGACCAUCAAGAUGAAUGAGUCGGACAUUUGGUUCGAGGAGAAGCUCCAGGAGGUGGAAUGUGAGGAGCAGCGCCUACGGAAGCUGCAUGCUGUGGUAGAGACUCUAGUCAACCACAGGAAAGAGCUAGCUCUGAACACAGCCCAGUUUGCCAAGAGUCUUGCCAUGCUCGGGAGCUCUGAGGACAACACGGCCCUGUCACGAGCUCUCUCCCAGCUGGCUGAGGUGGAAGAGAAGAUCGAGCAGCUCCACCAGGAACAAGCCAACAACGACUUCUUCCUCCUUGCUGAACUCCUAAGUGACUACAUUCGCCUCCUGGCCAUUGUCCGAGCUGCCUUCGACCAGCGCAUGAAGACAUGGCAGCGCUGGCAGGAUGCACAAGCCACGCUGCAGAAGAAGCGGGAGUCUGAGGCGCGGCUGCUGUGGGCCAACAAGCCUGACAAACUGCAGCAAGCUAAGGAUGAGAUUACAGAGUGGGAGUCUCGGGUGACUCAGUAUGAAAGGGACUUUGAAAGGAUCUCAACAGUUGUCCGGAAAGAAGUGAUUCGAUUUGAGAAAGAGAAAUCCAAGGACUUCAAAAACCACGUGAUCAAGUACCUGGAGACACUCCUGCAUUCCCAGCAGCAGCUGGCAAAAUACUGGGAAGCCUUCCUUCCUGAGGCGAAGGCCAUCUCCUGAGGGACCACGGAUACCAGAGCCCACCUGUGUGACGCUGCCUUUUUAUACUCUGUCCUCCUCCCCCUCCAUGGACCCCAACUGAUGCACCCUGCCUUGGCUGGACUUAACUCUUCCACUCUGCCCCACAAACGAACUCUUCCCAGUUACUCUAACCAUUAUUUCACUUAGCUUCCACAUAUAUUUUCUUACCUAAGAGAAUAGUUUCCUGCUUUAAGCAAAAGACCUACAAUAGGUGGUGGAAUUAUAGGUUAGGGGUGGAGUGUUGAUAUAAAUAUAUAAAUACAAAUGUAUAUUUUUCAGGCUGUGGUUUAGGAACUGGGAAUAACGUUUUCUGUUACUCCUGAUGGUGCCAUGAAAGAUUAUGUAAUAAAAUAUUUGAAAAUGAGG